CCAGCUUCCGCACGUUUGAGUUUGGCAGAAAGUUCAACGACCGUUAAGCUAACAAAUAUAAAUUUUUGUUUUUGUCGUUUUAUAUCUUGUUUGGUAUAAAUGGAUGCCGUUGGACUUUUAGAAGUCAGGUGGGCGCAGGGUUUUACAUACCCGAAGGUUGACUUUGUUGAUAAUAAAGUAGUAUGUUACGCGUGUGGGAAUCGCAUGAUUUUCCUGAACAUAGAGACCAAAACGCAAAGUGUGUACCAGCCCCCUAGCAGAGGCAUCGGCGCCUUCGCAGCAAAUGGCAACUUUAAGAUCCUUGCGUUCUCUGAGCAUAGAUCAAAUCCAUCUAUAUUCGUGCUAAACUACCCUGAACUGGAGUUGCAAAAUGAACUGAAAGGAACGGCGCAGCUUGACUACACAUCUCUGGCGUUAAGCGAUGGUGGUCCUUAUUUGGGCUGUUGCUCUUCUCUUCCAGACCACACCAUAACAGUAUGGAACUGGAAAAGUGCUGAGCCAAUUUGUAGGCAAGCCAAAGCUGGGAAGGAUGUGAUUACUCUGGUGUUCAACCCAAUGAGUUGGCAACAGAUUUGUGUUCUGGGCGCCACAACUGUCACCGUUUGGGACAUUGAAAAGAGUGACAGCUUUCAUACCAUGAAACAAAGUGCAAUAGAUCUCCCAGCCACCGAUGGCUCCUUUGUUGAAAAAGAAGUGCAUCCCUUUCACGCUGUCAAUGGCAGACUCACCUAUCUUGGCCCUCAGAUGCCUCCAUCAGCUAUUGCAGGUCUCACCAGAGACAGGGCUGAGAACUUUGUGCCUCAGCGUUGCAUUAAGGCCAGAUUGACUCCCUCUGCCAUCUGCUGGACAGCCACAUCAGAGCUGUAUGUGGGAUGCAAGGAGGGCUUUCUGUUGCUUGUUGACCCAGAGAGCCUCUCUGUCUCCGUUCUUUUCAAUCCCAGAGGUACAUGCACAUCAGCCGCUACAAGUGCCACUCCUGAGCUCAAAAAGGGUAGUUUUGAGAGUCUAGUCCUUCACGGGGAUGGCUUGAUUGCUGCAAGAGAGGAGAAUGUGAUACACUGCCUGCACAUCAAAAGGGCUCAAAUUGGGAUCACACAAACAUGGAACUUAGAGGAGCCUGUCACAACUGUCAUGUACUCCCCUGAUUAUGAAACUUUAAUUUUAGCUUCCAAUAAAGGGCAGAUUUAUAGCUAUAAACCAACUCAUGGGAAGAUGGACAAGGUUUUGGACAUUCUCAGUGGCAACUUUGUGGCAGGAGCCUCACUGUGCAUUGACGAGAAUGUUUGUGUGUCAGUGAGGGAAUCUGGAGAGCUACAAUUGUGGUCCACAGAUGGCUGUCGCAUUGGGUCUCUAUCUCUUCAAGCUAAGGUGAGCAGUCUGGCCUGCUGUCCUAUUGCACAUUAUGCAGUUGCAGGAACAGUCUCUGGCCAUGUCUUAUUUAUUGAGUUGAUCAAGAAGCACCAACCACGCCUGGUCCACAAGAUUCAUCUUUACCAUGGGCCUGUGGCUCACCUCAUUUUUGAUCAAGAAGGGAACUACCUUUUCACCGGUGCCUCAGAAUCACACAUCUAUUUACUUGAUACAAGGCCGUCAAAGAGGUUUUCAGUCAUAGGAUACACAGUUGUUCCUGGCUCCGUUUUGUCCCUGUCCACCCAGUACAACAGGGUGAAUAAGCAGGUGGGAGUUCUUGCACUGUGCACCGGACAGAAGGACAAAGAGCAAGAGGGUAGCCUGCUUACACUGCUCACACUGCCUGUGAGGGACCUUACAGGUCCUGCAUAUUCAAACCAGCAUGGUUGUCUAUCUGAUGAUAUCCUCCUGCAGUCCAUGUUUGAAGUACCUCAUGCACUCAAAUCUUGUGUGCUGGGGGUCAAUGAGUUCUUUGCAUACUGCCACAGGAGGAGAGCCAUUCAGAGAUUCCAACUGCCUCAGGACACAGACUGUUUCUCGGGUCAGGGCGUGCUCCAACUGAGACCAGAACAGGAAGUGAAAGGCCAUCCUCUGGGUCCCGUCUCUUUUGCUCUCUCCCCUCACCAGUCAUGGCUGGCCUCUGUCGGCCAAGAUGGUCUACUGCGGCUUCGGGAGACCAUCUCUAUGGAGCAAUACAUUGAGAUACAGUGUCAUUCGUACUGUCAUGGUGGGGUUCGGAGUGUUUCUUUCUCUGCGGACAGCCAGAUGCUCUUCACCACAGGCCAUAAGGAUGGGUCGCUUGUGUGCGCUAACCUCAGAAUCAAAUUAACUGAUGCUGGUCAAGGCAAUAAGGCUACACAGUAUAGCCAGUCUAUGGCCUCUUUCUUGCGGAAUACAUCAAAGGAGGAGGACCUUGUUCUCAGUGACUUGCCUGACUUUGACCAAAGAUUUUCACCCCCUACUUGCACCACACAUCCACAGGAAGAGGAGACCACUGAUAGACGGGAGACCAAGGAUGUGACUGGACAGGAUGAAGGCUACACCAAUGUGCUCUCUGCUACAGCCUCAGAUCCCACCUGGCUGGAGAGCAAGCAAGAAGAGGUUAAAAAAGCAGAGGGGCAGCAGUAUUCCCAGAAAAAGGAAGACUUGAAGAAAUGUUUUAAAGAAUUGUGCAAAGCUAUCCAGGAGAUGAUGCGUGAGAAUGAGAACCUCCCAGACAUUGAGCGUUUGGAAUUAUGGGAGUUCAACCUGGAUGUGGAGGAGCAGAAGAAAAUGGAUGCAGAAGUGGAGCAGGAGGUUACCAGGGUGAGAAAUGAAAUAGAGAUGGAGAUCCUCGCAAAGUCUUACCUGCGUGAUGUUCAACAGAGAGAAUGCUGGGAUUCUAUGAAUGUCAAAGGCAAAGCCAUCAAGGCCUUCCAUUCUGAAGAUGAGGUGAAGAACUAUCCUAUGGGAGAGCAAACAAAGAAGAUGCAGGAGGAUCUUCAUAGGGUGCAGAGUAUCAGGCAGACUGAAAAGGCUGACAGCAUAACCCAACAGGAAGUCCUGGAGAAGAGCUCCAAGGCAGUCGGUGAAAACGAGGAGGAGGAGGAAGAAGGCUGUGAGACAGAGAGUGCUACUCUAAUGGGAGGUCUAAGUGCUCAGUUAGGGUGUUCAAAUCCCAACCUUUAUGAUCAAUUCAGUCUGAACACCAGAGAGCAGAAGAUCAACCAGAUCAUCCUGCUACAGGAUGUGGUUUUUCAAGUCAAGAUGGCUUUCAACACCAAAUUUGAGGCCGUGUACGAGCAAAAACAACAGGAAAUAAACCGUGUGAAGGACAAGAACAAGCGCAUUAAGGAGAUCAUGAUGAAGCUUGAUAUCAGUGAGCAGCUGUGGGAACCCAGUCUGUCAGACAAUGAACAGCCAGAGAAGACGCUCACUGUGGAAGAGUCUGAGAUAAAAGUAGAAAAGUACCUCACCCCAGAGCAGAGAAAAAAGGAGGAGAGGAAGAAAUUGGAUGAGCAAAUACUUUUGGAUGCCAAGGGUUAUAAUACCAGGGAGAGGGCUCUGGAUGACAUGAUGGGUGGAGUACUUGAGAUGAUGAAGGAGGACAUCUUGAAAAUGGAAAUACCUCAGCCUGAAUUUGUGUUGAUUAAACCCGAAACUCAGUGGAGUGAGGAAGAAAAAAAGAUCUAUAAACAGUACGAGAAGAAAACCAACGAGCUGAGAGAGGAACAGGAGAAAUGCAGGAAGAUGCUGGAAACUGAAAUGAAAAAACUGCAGGCAUCAAUCAAGGAAGCCACUGAGCGGUUUGAUGAAACCUUGACAAAGCUAUUUGAGAGAAAAGUAAAAUCUGAAAUGGCUAUACACCAGGAAGAAUUUAAGAUUGCCAGUCUUGAAUAUUCCAUCCUCAUAGAGGAAGAGAUCAUAAAUCAGGAGGCACAGCUCAGCCUCAAACUGGAGGAAAAGAGGGCACAUAAGAAAGAAAUUGGGGAGGUUCUUAUGAAACACAGAGAAAAUGUGGAGGUGUUCCAAGCAGCCUAUGAAAAUGCUGUGACUGAGGACAAAUGUCUCGACAAAAAAUUCAGGAAGGAGUUCACUGAUGUACCACACCAUGUUGUUAGUCUUCUGUAUAAACUAUACAAACGCAGACCCAGACUUCAAAGAAUGAGGACCCUGACGGACAACACCAUCAGCCCCGUUAAAGAGCCGUCUUUGUGUGGCUUGGCAACUGCUGAUGGACUCGACCAAACGCUGAAGGCCAUGGAGGAGUUGGACUCUCCAAAGAAUAUGCCGAAAGGUUUAGAACCAUCAAUAUGGGAAAGGUUCCGUUCAGUCCGCAGAACCAAAAUAGAGAGUGAACAAAAGGUAAAAAUGAAGGCUCUGACUCUUGCUGAGAUGCAGACUUUCCUGCAGAAGAGGACCAAUGAGGAUGAGCUUGCUGAAAAGGAAAUCAAAAAUCUCAUUGAUGAACUUCAUGGCCUGCGUGAAGAGAAGAUCCGCUUCCAGCAAGACAUCAUGGUCCACAUCCAGCUCAAGCAGGGGCAGGUGGAGGUGGUGCCAACAGACUUCAUAGCCGACUACUCUGAUGCAGUCCUCCUUCACAGGAGUGUGGUGGAGGACCUCAACAAAACAGUCAAGAUGUUGGGUGAACAGAAGAUAGCCAUCAUGAUGGAGACCAAGGAAAUCUGUAAGAGCAUCAUCCAACAGGAUUGGGAAAACAAGAGGUUGAGGAUGCAGAUAGAGGACCUCGAGACCAGAGCCAGGGAUAUACAGAAGUUACAUGUCACCAAGAAACUACGGGAAUAUCUCAGUGAGCGAGAUCAUGAUAAGCGCAUGGCAAAUCAAGUUGCCGCUUUGGAGAAAAAGAAAGCUUUGCAGGAAAAGAUUCACCUUAAGAAUGUACAACAACGUAAGAAAAUGAUCAAACAGCUCAACAGGCAGGAAGCAGUGAAGGCUGAGAAGAUUGCUAUCUUAGAUCAGCGGAUUGCAGAUAAACAGGUGACCGUGGCUGAGAAGAAACAAAUCUAUAAAGCAACAGCUGCAGAAAAAAAUCAGGAGGCGAAAGCAAAACAGCGCUACCGUGAAAUCCUUCAGAAAAAGAAGCUGGUUGACCAAGCCAGAGCACAGGCAGAGGACUUGGCUCUCCUUAGGGCUGAGGUGGAGCGCUGGAGGAUGAAAACCUUCCCAGCACUUUAUCAGCUGAACCACAACUGAAGAACUACUGUAUGAAGAUUUUUUAUUUUUAUUGAACAAAGAAAUAACUAACAUUUUCGAAUUCAAGUUAGAUAAGCUUAUGACGUUAACAACUUCAAAUCAAUAGUAUAUAACAGUAACAAAUA